AUGGGUUUUGACAUAGAUUAUUACCUUGAAAAAGCAAAGGCAGGAGAACUUCUUGACGAAUAUGUAAUCAAGUUAAUAACGCUCGAGCUUAGAAAUAUGCUUGAGAAUCAGCCAAACGUCGUCUCUGUCCCUACACCAGUAAUCUGUAUUGGAGAUAUACAUGGCCAAUUUUUUGAUUUAUUAGAAAUCUUCAAAAUAGGUGGCUCUCCACCAGACGUUUCUUAUUUAUUCCUCGGCGACUUCGUAGAUCGUGGGCCUUGCUGUAUUGAAACAAUUACAUUAUUAUCACUGCUAAAACUAAGAUACCCCCAGCGAAUAACAUUAUUAAGAGGAAACCACGAGACCAGAAGCAUUACUCAGGUUUACGGUUUUUUCGCAGAGUGUCAACGAAAAUUCGGGAAUCCUUCAGUCUGGCAAUAUUUUACAGACGCUUUUGACUUUUUGCCUAUUUCAGCAGUAAUUCAACAAACCUUAUUUUGUGUCCAUGGAGGUCUUUCUCCUUCAAUAUCAAGAGUUGACGAAAUCAGAAGAAUUGAAAGAACUCAAGAAAUCCCUCAUGAAGGCGGAUUUUCUGACUUAAUGUGAUCAGACCCUGAUGAAAAUAAUUUAGGAUUUAGCACCAGUAGCAGAGGUGCAGGGUAUAUGUUUGGGAAGGAUAUUGUUGAUAAAUUUUUGCAUAUGAAUGAUAUAUCACAUAUAAUUAGAGCACAUCAGCUGUGCAAUGAUGGGUAUCAGGUUUUAUUUGAUGAUACUUUUUCAACUGUUUGAAGUGCACCGAAUUAUUGUUUUAGGUUUAAAAAUAUGGCAAGCAUUUUAUUAGUUGAUGAGAGGCUUAAUAGACAGUUUGUAGUGUUCUCGGAAGCUCCUGAAAAUUCAAGAUAUGAGGUUAAUAAAAUUUUUGAAGCGCAGCCUGAUAAUUUUUUAAUUUAA